AUGAACCCUGCCGAGGAGUCUCGAAAGCGUAGAAAUUAUGAUGCCUUCCAGUCGUCGAGGGACAGGUCUAUAUCGCCUCCACCGAAGAGACAUGCAUCCACUGUCAGGGGCAGGUCUGAAAGGGAAGAAGCCGGGACUUUGGGCGUAGUCAACGCGGCAGCCCCUUUCACGUUGUCUUCGGACAAUGGCAGCGAUCCCUCCAAGUCAACCAAACAGGCGACAAGUCCUCAGUCUAGGACGCUUUUCCCAUCACCGAUGCAGCUCAAUUUCGUCGAGCAACUCCCCGCAUCAAGCAAUGUCGACUGCGUGAGUCUGCGAAGCAUCCUCGGAGACCCUAUGAUUAGAGAAUGCUGGCUUUUUAAUUACCUCUUCGACAUGGAUUUUGUUAUGAGACAUUUUGACCGAGACACUCGUGAUCUUGUGCAAGUCCGAGUCGUGCACGGUUCCUGGAAAAGAGAGGAUCCAAACGGAAUACACGUCGAGGACGCAGCGAGGCGAUAUCCGAAUAUCAAAGUAAUCAAAGCGUUCAUGCCAGAGAUGUUCGGGACGCAUCAUACGAAGGCGAUGGUCCUCUUCAGACAUGACGACCUGGCCCAGGUCGUGAUACUUACAGCCAACUUCAUUGAACGGGACUUCCGGAUGAGUCAGGCCAUCUGGAAGACCCCUCUGCUUCCAUUACAGAAACACGCUUCGUCUCCCAGCGAUCCGUUACCGCCUCUUGGUACUGGAGUUCGAUUCAAACACGAUCUACUCGCGUACUUCCGUGGAUACAGCAGAAACGGGAAUGCUACCCUUCCAGACUUGAUCUCGCAGCUACAGAACUACGACUUCAACGCUGUAAGAGGCGCUCUGAUCGGGAGCUUACCAGGACUUCAGAUGCCGGACCAGUCCCGCCCGGAGCAGCAAGACCGAAUCGGACAGUGGGGCUUGCCCGCUCUGAAACGCAUUCUGAGCUCCAUACCCACCAAUCCCGACCAGUCUGCCGACUCGGAGCGUUCACAUAUCGUCGCACAAGUUUCCUCCAUCGCUUCCGUCGGUGAGAAAUGGCUCUUCACCACCCUCAUACCCACCCUAUCCACCACCGCCCCCGCCCAACAGCCCCUUCCCAAACCCAAAAUAUCCCUCAUCUUCCCCACAGCCUCCGAAAUCCGCAACUCCGUCGACGGCUACGGCUCCGGUUCCUCCAUCCACAUCAAGACCUCCUCUCCCACUCAGGCCAAACAACUCGCAGUCCUCAAACCCAUGCUUUGCCAUUGGUCCGCGCGCCCCACCCCCAAAACGCUCGAUCCAGCGAGCCGAGAACCGGCAAGACAAACAGGCAGGGGCAGAGCGGCGCCCCAUAUCAAAACCUACGUCCGCUUCUCCGACGCCGCCACGUCCAAGAUCGACUGGGCAAUGAUGACCUCGGCGAACCUGAGCACGCAAGCCUGGGGCACCGGCCCGAACGCGCGCGGCGAGGUCAGGAUCUCCAGCUACGAGUUGGGCAUCGUCGUCUGGCCCGCUCUGUGGCAGGACCCCGAGUCUCCGCGCCCGCCGACCAUGGUCCCGCUCUUUCGAUCCGAUCUGCCCCCCUCUGUCGACCGUGAGCGGCUCGGAAUCGAUGGUGUCGCGGUCGGCUGGCGCGUGCCGUAUGACCUCCCUCUCGUCCCGUACGCCGGAGAUGAAACACCGUGGUGCGCGUCGGAUCCGUGCGAUGAGUUGGAUUGCAUGGGUAGGGUUUGGCCGGGGUAUGGGCGUUGA